CCUGACCGGAACGACGAACCCGGACCUGGACCAGCCGGCGACGCAGGGCGGGACGGACACGGACGGCUCGGAGUCGAUCACCCAGGUCGUGGUGACGCUUUCGGCGGGCGAGCUGGGCUGGACGCCGACCGCACCGAUCACCGUGUCGGGAACCGGUCCCUGGACCUUCGACACCUCCGGGGCCUCGCUUGAAGAGGUCCAGGCGCUGGUGGAGAGCCUGAGCGUGACGCCGCCGGCGGGUUUCGACGGCGAGAUCACCGUGACGGUCGAGACGACGACGGCGGAGGCUGCGACGGAAGGCGGCGCGAACGGGGCCUCCGGCGAGGAGUGCGACGAGAGCGACAACGUCGACGUGGACGUCUACCCCUUCACGGUGACGGUCAACGACUCGACACCGGAAGUCGUCGCGGCGACGAAAAGCCAGGUGGAUGAAGACGAUCUGGUGCCGGAGGGCAGCGACCAGUCUGGCAGCCCGAUGGACACGGGCAGCAUCACGGUCGACUUCUUCGGCGAUCAGCCGGACACGGCCGACCUGAUGGCCGCCUUUGCGUUUACCGGCGGCAUCAGCGCGGGGACCGGGCCCAAUGGCGAGACGAUCACCUACACGCCCAUGGACGGCGGUCAGAGCCUGACGGCCAGCAUCGGCGGUGUCGACAUCAUCAAGGUCGAAAUCACCGGAGCGGUCGAAAACAGCGGCAAUGUGACCUACAACUACAAGGUCACCCUGCUGGAGGAGAUGGACCACCAGAUCGGCGACGACCUCGAAAGCGCUUUCGACUUCACUGCCAACUUCACGGUUACCGACAGUGACGGCGACCCGGCAAACGGCAGCUUUGAUGUCACCGUCGUCGAUGACGUGCCGCAGGCCAUGGACGACUGCGUGGAGGUCCAGGAAAACACCCCGAUCAGCUACGAUCUGAUGUUCGUUCUGGAUAACUCCGGCAGCAUGAACAAUGACUCCGGAAUCAGCGGGCAGACCCGUUUGCAGGCAGCCGGCGAGGCGCUGAAGGAGCUGAUCGACGCCUACUUCGCCAUCAGCAACGAUGUCUCGAUCCAACUGCUGACCUUCGCAGGGACUGCGGUGCCGGUCGAAGGGGUCUUCACGACGGCAGCCGCCGCGAAGGCCGCUGUUCAGGACAUCGUAAACAAUCCCAACCCGGACUCGGCCUCAACCAACUACGAGGACGCGCUGGCGGAGGCGCAGGCCAAUUACGCACCGGGCGCCUCAGGGCCGACCGACAUCAAUACGGUCUAUUUCCUGUCCGAUGGCGAGCCGACGACCCGGACCAACGACGGUGUCAAUGACGGUGGCGGUUCCGGCAGCAGCCUGACCCCCGGCGAGGUGGCCGCUUGGGAGGCAUUCCUGGACUCCAAGGGCGCAAACGCCAUUGCCGUCGGUGUCGGCACCGGCAUCAGCGGAACCGACCCGGAUCUGCAGGCCGUCGCCUACCCGGACACGCCGGUGAUCGUCACCGACUUUGCCGACCUGGCGAAUGCGCUUGUGGGCACGGUGCCGCCGCCGGUCAGUGUUUCGGGGAAUGUGCUGGAUGGUGCGGACAACACGCCGGACACCAACGACGCGGGUGAAGACAUCCUUGGAGCCGAUGGCCUUGGACGGAUCGAAUCGAUCGAAGUCAACGGUGAAGUCUUCACGGUUCUCGACGACGGCACUUUGGAUGUGUCAGGAACCCCAAGCAGCGCCACAGGCAGCUACGAUAACGCGACCAAACUGCUGACCAUCGAGACCGAUCUCGGCCGGUUGGAAAUCCAGAUCGAGAGCCACAACGGCAGCAGCGCGGGCGACUACACCUACACGCCGGAUGUGUCGGUGCAGCACGGCGCGCCGGGGUCGCCAACCGACGAGACGGUCGAGGACACUUUCACCUACGUCGUCAGCGACGGCGACGGCGACACGUCCAGUGCCGAUCUUGUGAUCAAGAUCCAGGACGGGGUGCCGGACGCAGUGGACGACACGGCGACCGCCGUGGCCGAGGCCUCGGCAAGGCCGCAGAACAUUGCGAUCGUCAUCGACCGCAGCGGGUCCAUCGACAACACCGAGUACGCGCAAGAGCUUGCUGCGGUGCGGACCUUCAUCCAGACGCUGAUCGACCAGGGCAAUCCCGGCAAUCUGGCCUUUACCGUCGUUGCCUUCUCCGGCAGCGCGACCAAUUUCGGGACCUAUCUUUAUGACGGCACCGGGAGCGGGCUCGACGACUUUGACGAGAUUGGCGGCAGCGAGAACCUCGACGACCUGCUGACGACGUCGGGUAUCUCCAACACCAAUGGAUCCACGAACUUCAAUGCGGCGCUUGAUACCCUGUUCAGCAGCGGCUCAGACUUCCUGAGCAACGAUGUCGCUGACUUGCCGGGCCACGCCGACCGGAUCUUCUUCCUGAGCGACGGCAAUGUGACCUCCGGCCCGGCCGGCAUAACAACAGCCAACAAAGACAACAUCCUUGAUAACGACAUUGAUCUGGUGCCGGUUGCGAUCGGCGACGGUGUCACGCCGUCCAAUUUCGUCACCUUCUUCACUGCUGACAUUGUAGCGAGUGAAGACGAUGUGCUGACGGCCACCGACUUCGACGACCUGGCGGACACCUUGAUCGAGGGCCUGGUCUCCGACGCCGUGGCCAUCGGCAAUCUGCUGAGCAACGACAUUGGCGGCUCCGACGGCUUCGGCGCACCGGAGCCGAUCGUCCAGAUCGAGCACAACGGGAUCGUCUACACCGAUACCAGCGGCGGCGGUGCCGACGACGGCAUGGUCGAGUUCACGACCGCCGCCGGCGGGACGCUGAUCGUCAAUCUGGCCACCGGCGCGUUCGACUACAGCAUCGACCCCCUGGUUGCUACGGCAGACCAGGAGACGUUCACCUAUACCGUUGUCGAUGGCGACGGCGACACCGAUACCGCGACGCUGGUCAUCGAUAUCGUGGCUCCGCCGAUUGCCGUAGCCGACACCGUGAUCACCAAUGACACCUCCGGCGAUCCCUUGCCGGUCGCCAAGAGUGCCUUGCUCCAUAAUGACACAUCCGAUCCGGACCCGAGCUUCACCGAUCUUCAGGCCAGCGGUGGCGACACGGUCGGCCAGUCCGGAGGCGAUAUCGUUUUCGAUCCGGCGACGUCCGGCACGGGCGACCGCAGCUUCACCUACAAGCUGGAAAACGACGGGCUCAGUUCCAGCAACGCCAACGUUGACGUCAUCCGGGUGAGCGGCGACAGCGUCACCGGCGGUGCCGACGAUGAGAUCCUCAUCGGCCGGGACACCGUCGAUGUGGUCUCCCGCAGGGUGGUGGGCCGUGCCGUCGGGGAGGGCGGGUCCGGCAACACGAACUUCCUGCAGUUCGCCCUGCCGAUCGCCGCGUCAGGCGAAUACGUGACCCGGAUCGUUAUCGACCUUAGGGCCGGCGGCGACUCGGACGCACGCUUUGAUCCGGCGGGAUCCCCCGGUAGCAGCGACUACGGCCCGACCCUGGGCACUCUGAACGGCCUGGCUGCCGGUGACAUCAGCUUCUCGCCGACUGACAGCACCAGCUCUACGCUGCAGAUCGAUUUUAACGCCAACAGCUUCACAGCGGGCGACGGCUUCGGCUUCAACAUCGACGUCGACGAUCUGAGUGGUAAUGACGGUGACGACUUCGGGGAUGGGGGCGUUACUUUCACGGUCACGUGGUCCGACGGCUCGACCUCUGUGGGAACCUUCGUCCGGGAUGGCAAUAGCGAUGACUCGACCGGUAUUGCGCAGACCACCGUGGCUGAAGCGGCCGCGGACAGCCUCUUCGGCGAAGCCGGAGACGAUGCGCUCUUUGGCCGCGCCGGCGAUGACAUUCUCGUGGGUGGCUCGGGCUCAGAUACUCUUACCGGCGGCGAUGGUGCGGAUAGCUUCGUCUUCACCGAUCACGUGGUGGGCACGGACUUCGACGUCGUGACCGACUAUGACCGAGACGAGGGCGAUGUUCUGGACAUCAGCGAUCUUGUCAGUUUCAGCGACGGCAGCGACGCCAUCGCCGACUUCUUCUCGGCGGUUCAGGAUGGAGCGGGCACGACAUUGAAGAUCAGCACGGAUGGUGCGCUCCCGUUCACGGAUGUCGCCUUCCUCGACGGCGUUAUCCAGGGCGACACGAUAACGGUCAUCCUUGAUACGACGGAGCACAACAUCGUCGGCGUGGUCGUCCCUGUUCAGGGCGCCGCUCGACGGAAGAAAAUGACGGACGAUCUCACCCGCGGCUAUGAGGGUCAGGACGACAUCACGGCCGAGUCCGCCGAGAAUACCCCCGAAACAACGUUUAUCUCCGGCAGCGAAGGCAGCGCGGCCGUGGUCGGCCAGGCGGCCGCCCCGGUCAACGUGGCGCGCCCGGCGCCGGGACAGACCGUCGAGGUCCAGGCCGCGCCCGGCCAGGUGUACAACCUGACCUUCCCGCCGGGCGGCGCGCAGGUUCAGGUUCAGGGUGAGAACUUCAUCCUUGCUUUCGAUGACAACGGUGACGGCACGCCGGACAGCCAGAUUGUCUUCCUCGAUCUGGUGACGGUCGUCGAGGCGGGUGAUGCUCCGACCUUCACGGUGGCCGGGACCGAAGUGGGUGCUGACGUUCUCCUCAACCAGGCUCUUGCGCUCGCCGGUCAGGACGACGCGACGCUGGAGACCGCGGCCGGCCAGGGGCCGCAGGGCACGGGUGCGACCCAGUACAGCGACGAUUUCAACGAAACCAUCACCCUUCUGGAUGCGCUGGGCGUGAUCGACCCCACCUUGCUCGAGUUCGGCCUGAUCGGUGUGGAACCCGACGAGAUCCUUCUCGCCGAGGUCGAAGAGGUCGAGGUGCCGCUGCUGAUCAACGAGAUCGGCGUCUCCGUGCGCAUGGAGGUGCCGGAUCUGCCGGGCACCGAGGAUCCGGGCACCCCCGGCGAUUAUGGCGACGAGCAGCUCUUUUCGGUUGCCAGCGAAGACAGCGAGGAAGAGCCGCGGGAGUACAACUUCGUUGAGCUGGUCAACACCUCCGGCGAGGCUUUCGACGCCAGCGGUCUGACUCUCGAGAUCCUGAAUCCGGCCGGGGAGGUCGUGACCUUCACGCUGCCCGGAGGCACCGUGGUGCCGGCCAACGGUUUCGUGGUGUUCUACCAGUCCUCCAUCGAUCCGGAUGCGGACGGUGAGACCGUCUUCGUUCGCAUCUUCGAUGCAGAGGGCAACGUGGUCGGCGGCGCCGACGUGGAGGGCGCGGACUUCUGGGCCCUGGGCGAGGACACCACCGAUCCGAUCGCGGUGAACCUGGUCUUCGAGAACGAGGACGGUGUGGCUGAGUCCGCCGACACCUUCGCGGCCAAUCUCACCCAGGCCGAACUGGGCGGCCUGACCGAUCCCAGCUUCGCCGGCGCGCCCAGCGAUUUCGGCUCGCCGCUCAUUGAUCUGAACUUCGAGACCUUCAACGGCCAGUUCACCGGCAACCACCACAUCUUCUCGCGGGUGGACCUGGACGAUACCGACAGCCAGAGCGACUGGACGACCAACAACACGCCGACGGACGGCCUGUUGAACAACACCAAUCUGCUGGAACUGGUUGCCUUUUCCGCGGGUGGGGGCACCGGUGGCGAAGAGCCGGGGUCCGGGCUGGUGCGGGUCGAUCUCAAGACUGGCGAGACAACGGCCGUCGGCGACAUCACCUUUGAGGGUGAAAUCCUUGACAUCGCAGGCCUGACCUUCGGGCAGGGCGAAGACGCUUGCUUCCUCUUCGGCUACGAGGAUGACAAUGACCGCAUCGUCAAGCUUGAUCCGGAGACUGCCGAAGUUCUGGAAGUCUGGACCCUUGAUGGCGAAGGCGUGGCAAUUGAUCGGCCGGGCUUCACCUUCGCGUCUGAUGGAAAGCUUUACGUCAUCGGCCAGGGUGAGGGCGUUUUUGAAGUCAAUCUGGCUGGCGAUGGCACCUUCUCCCUUUCACUGGUGACCGCGGCGAAUCUUGGAACUGGUUUCGAACUGACGAGCCUGGCGGCAGACCCCAACGAUCCGGACAUUCUUUAUGCGAUGGGCCUUGAUGGCGGGGGCACGGUCAAACUCUUCACCAUCAGUGUAUCGACCGGCACGGUGACCGAAUUGCCAGGUGUCAUCACCGAGAAUUCCGGCGACGACGAAUUCGGGCUCUCCUUCGACGCGUUUGGCCGGCUCUGGGCGAUCGACGAGAACAACGAGCGCGCCUUUCAGGUCGAUCCGGCCACCGGCGCCGAGAUCCCGGAUACCUCGGUCAACCUCUCCACUGUUGGUCUGCCCACAGGCUUCAGCUUCGAGUCCCUGGCGAUCCAGCAGGUCGGCAUCGACGAGAACCCCUGGGAUCCGCUGAACGACGAUCUGAACCCCGGUCAGGUCAAUGACGAUCCGCUGGCGGGCCAGAACUUCAUCCAGGCCACCGAUCCGGAGGGCGAGCAGCUUGAGGGCCGCGGCGGACCCGACUUCCUGUUCGGCGCCCAGGGCGCUGACUCCCUCUACGGCGGUUCUGAAGAGGACUAUCUCGAGCAGUCGGAGAAGGUGCUGGAGCAGGGCAUCGACCUUCUUGAGGACGCGCUGAACGGCGACGGCUUCGAAGGGGCGGCGGGCCUGAAUCACAAGCCCUUCUUCAACGACCACAACGACUUCCUGUUCGGCGAAGCCGGCGACGACGAGAUGUAUGGCGGCUCCGGCGGCGAUUUCAUGAUCGGCGGCCAGGGCGACGACUCCCUGGACGGCGGCACCGGCGACGACCAGAUUUACGGCGACGGGGCAGGUGAUAUCGACGGCGAUGGCUCGGAAGGCACGGACGGACUGCCGGACGACGACCAGAACCACGAAGGCCACGACGUCAUUGCCGGUGACGCGCUGAAUAACGUGAGCGCACUCUUCGCCGAAGACGAGCAAGAGGAAGAAGAGGAAGAAGAGGACGACGGCGAGACCGAAGUUGCUUUGGCGUCGAUGAUGCUCGCAGAGGUCGACCAGGUCGUCAGUAUCCCUGAAGACAUUGAUAUCGGUGCGGCGCUCGCCAUUCUCGGCGGCAACGACACCAUCGUCGCCGGCAAUGGCGACGACAAGGUCUCCGGCGACGCGCUGGCCACCGGCGAAGACGUGGCGCUGGCGCUCUCCUAUUCCGACGACUCCAUCAAGCGUCCGGAAGACGGUUUCGGCAACGAGGACAGCGGUUUCGGCAACGACGUCAUUUCCGGCGACGAAGGCGCGGACUCCAUCGGCGGCGACGCCGCGGCCAUCACCAGCGGCGGUGACUAUGGCGGUCUGGCGGUCGCGGUGGCCAAGAACCUGGCGAUCUUCGGCGCAUCCAAGGCCGAUGUCGGCAGCGACUCCAUCGACGGCGGUGAUGACGACGACGUCAUCGGCGGCGACGCCCUGGCGGUUGCCGGUGGCGGCGAUGGCGGCGAGGGCGGCAGCGGCGCGGCCUACGCGAUUUCCUACAACGCCGCCGAAGACGGGGGCGAUGCCGGCAACGAUUACAUCACGGGCGACGGCGACUACGGCUCCGGUUCCGGUUCCGAGUUCAGCUCCGAGUACGGCGGCAAUGACCGGAUCGGCGGCGACGCCGCGGCCAUGGGUGAUCAUGCCACCGCCAAGGCCUACAACACGGCGGAAGGUCGCUCAUCCACGGCCGGCAACGACACGAUUUAUGGCGACGCCGUCUAUGGCGACGGCGGGGAAGGCUAUACCGGUGGCAACGACUCCAUCGGCGGCGAUGCCGCGGCCUUCGGCAAGUACACUGCGACGUCCAAGGCCUUCAACACGGCCGUCGAUGGCGACGAGGGCUCAGCCGGCAACGAUUACAUCAACGCGGGCGGUGGCGAAAACAAGGUCGCCGGUGAUUCGCAGGCGAUCGCCGAGUACGGCAGCGCUUCGGCCUAUGGCGAAAACACUGCCGGCGACGGCGGCAGCGAUGACGGCAACAAUGCCGGCAACGAUACCAUCCAUGGUUCGGUCUGGGGUGCCGACCACAUCUCCGGCGGUUCCCAGGCGAUUGCGGGCCACACCGCCUUUGCAAAGCAGAGCAACCAUGCCGGCGGCGAAAACUCCGCGGACGAUGACAACAAUGCCGGCAACGACAAGAUCUAUGCCUACAACGGCGAAAACACCGUCGCGGGCGACGCCCAGGCCAUCGGCACGGGUUACUACUCGACGGCCACGGCAAAGUCGCAUAACCACACCGAGGGCGACGACAACAAGGCCGCGAACAAUUCGGCCGGCAAUGACACCAUCCAUGCCGGCCACCAAAGCGACAAGGUUUCCGGCGACGCCCAGGCGAUAGCAGGCUAUGACGCCAAGGCGUGGUCCACCAACAAGGCGGAAGGCGACGGCAACGACGCCGGCAACGACUACAUCGAUGUCGGUCGGGGCCACAACAGGGUAGCCGGCGACGCCCAGGCGAUUUCGUACCAUGACGACGCCUAUGCCUAUGGCGACAACCGGGCGCUGGACGGUGACGGCAACAAUGCCGGCAACGACACCAUCCAUGCCGGCAACGACAGCGACACGAUCUCCGGUGGCGCGCAGGCGCUGGCCAAGGACUGGGCCUACGCCGAACAGAAGAAUCACGCCGGCAGCAACAGGUCCGGCGACGACUACAACGACGCGGGCAACGACAAGAUCUACGCGGGCCGCGGCGACAACGUCCUCGCCGGCGACGCCCAGGCGAUCUCGUCCCACAACGACGCCAAGGCCUAUUCCCACAACCAUGCCAACGACGAUGACAAAAAUCGCGCCGGCGACGACAAGAUCGAAAGCGGCAACGGCAAGGACCGGGUCUCCGGCGAUGCCCAGGCAAUCGCGAAAGAUCUUGCCUGGUCGAUCUCCGAGAACAAGGCGGAAGGCGGCAGCUACAACAAUGCCGGCAACGACUACAUCGAUGCCAGCCACGGCGACAAUCUGAUCGCCGGCGACUCCCAGGCGAUCUCCUCGCACGGGACGGCCAAGGCCUUCGGCAAGAACACGGCUGUUGAAGACGACGACAACAAUGCCGGCAACGAUACGAUCAAGUCCGGCAACGACAAGGACACCAUCUCCGGUGGUUCCAUGGCGGUGGCUGCAGGCUUUGCCUAUGCCAACCAGAUCAAUUACGCCGACAAGGGCGAUGCCGGCAACGACUCGAUCGAGUCCGAUCUGGGAUCGCCGGACGAUCACGACGAGGUAGCCGGCGACGCCAUGGCCCGCUCUCUGGGCGAUGACAAGAACGAUGCCGUUGCAGUCUCCAUCAACACGGCGAACGGCUGGACCGGUGAUGCCGGCAACGACACCAUCAAGGCCGGCGGCGGCAACAACUAUGUCGCCGGCGAGGCCAUGGCGGUGAACACCGGCGACGAUGCCAAGGCCUAUGCCGACAACACGGCCACCAACGGUGCCGAGGCUGGCAACGACAAGAUCUACACCGGCAAUCAUAACGACGUGGUCUCCGGCGGCACGCAGGCGCGGGCCAAGGACUUCGCCAAGGCGGACACCGACAACCUGGCGACGGGCUACAAGUCCUCUGCCGGCAACGACUACAUCGAUGUCGGCGGCGGCUGGUGGAACAAGGUUGCCGGCGACGCCCAGGCGAUUGCCAAGAACAUCGCCAAGGCCUUCGGUAACAACGAUGCCAAGUACGGCGACGACAACGACGCGGGCAACGACACCAUCUAUGCGGGUUGGGGCAGCGACACCAUCUCCGGUGGUUCGCAGGCGAUUGCAGGCAAUAAUGCCUACGCCGAGCAGAACAACCAUGCCGGUGCGUGGGCGACCGAUGACGACAACAGGGCGGGCAACGACGAAAUCCAUGCUUACGACGGCAAGAACGUCGUGGCGGGUGAUGCCCAGGCCAUCGGCGAGAACUUCCUGUCGGUUGCCAAGGCGAAAUCCCACAACCAUGCCCAGGGCGAUGACGAGGAGGCCGCCAACAACCAGGCCGGCGACGACAAGAUCUAUACCGGCAAGGAUGACGACAAGGUCUCGGGCGACGCCCAGGCGAUUGCCGUGAAGUAUGCGGAGGCCAGGUCUGAGAACAAGGCACUCGGCGACGGCAACCUGGCGGGCAACGAUCACAUCGAGGCCGGUGGCGGCGACAACAAGGUCGCCGGCGACGCCCAGGCGAUCGCGGGUGGCAUUGCCAAGGCCUAUGGCACCAACACCGCCGGCUUCGACGAUGCCGACCGCGACAAUGCCGCUGGCAACGACACCAUCACUGCGGGCAAUGGCUCCGAUACGGUGUCCGGCGGUGCCCAGGCUUUGGCCGGUGUCUAUGCCUAUGCCAAGCAGACCAACCUGGCCGGCGCCGGCGGAGACAACGAAAGCGGCAACCGUGCCGGCAACGACAAGAUCACCGUCAACGGUGGCCACAACAAGGUGGCCGGCGAUGCCCAGGCGAUCUCGUAUUUCGGCAAUGCCGAUGCCUACGGCAAGAACGAGGCGGCGGACGACGGCAGUGCUGACGGCAACUAUGCCGGUAACGACACCAUCUAUGCCGGCGAUCAGAGCGACAGCAUUUCUGGCGGCGCCCAGGCGAUCGCCCAUAACGAUGCCUAUGCGUCUCAGAGGAACGAUGCCGGUACCGGCGAUCGGGAUGACGACAACCGUGCCGGUAACGACGAGAUCCACGCUUACGACGGCCACAACAAGGUCGCGGGCGAUGCCCAGGCCCUGGCUGGCGAUGACGCGACGGCGGUGUCGGUGAACCACGCGGACAGCACCGAUAACGAGAACGACAAUACGGCGGACAACCAGGCCGGUAACGACAAGAUCUACACCGGUCAGCACAAUGACUCCGUCUCCGGCGACGCUCAGGCCAUCGCCGAUGACGAAGCAAAGGCGACUGCCACCAACACGGCCCUUGGUGAAGGCAACCAGGCCGGUAACGACUACAUCGAUGCCGGGAACGGCAUGAACGAAGUGGCCGGCGAUGCGCAGGCGGACUCCGAGAACGGCAAUGCCGACGCUGAGAGCAACAACACGGCAAAUGGGGCCGGUAACACGGCCGGCAACGACACCAUUUUCGGCGGCAACGAUGCCGACCUGAUUGCCGGCGGCUCCCUCGCCACUGGUGAUACCGGUUCGGCGGUUACGAACAACGUCGCCAAUGACGGCGGCGUGGCCGGCGAGGAUUCCAUCGAAGGCGGCGCCGGCGGCGACACCAUCUCCGGUGAUUCCGGCUCGGUCGUGGUGGAAGGCGGUACGGCGACGGCCAACAACACAGCUGGCAGCUACAGCGCGGCUGGUAACGACUACAUCGACGCCGGCAGCGGCAACAAUGUUGUGGCCGGCGACGCCCAGGAGAGGGCGUACAACAAUGCCGUGGCCCAGGCGUACAACACCGCCGACGGCUACAAAGCCGAUGCGGGCAACGACGAGAUCCAUGCUGGCCACCAAAACGACAAGGUGUCCGGCGACGCCCAGGCCAUCGCCGAAUACGAUGCCAAGGCAACGUCUCAUAACAAGGCAUUCGGCAAGUACAGCGAUGCCGGCAACGACUACAUCGAUGUCGGUCACGGCCACAACAAGGUGGCCGGCGACGCGCAGGCGAUUUCGUACUACGACGACGCCAAGGCCUACGGCAGGAACGACGCCAAGGACGGCGACUACAACGAUGCCGGCAACGACACCAUCCAUGCCGGUAACGGCAGCGACACCAUCUCGGGUGGUGCCCAGGCGAUCGCCAAGGAUGAUGCCUAUGCCCAGCAGAUCAACCACGCCGGCGGCAGCAAGGGCGACGACGAUAACAACGACGCCGGUAACGAUGAAAUUUACGCGGGCCGGGGCCACAACGUCCUGGCCGGUGACGCCCAGGCCUACUCCUCGCACGACGACGCCACGGCGUAUUCCCACAACCAUGCCAAGGACGAUGAAGACAACCGGGCCGGCAACGACAAGAUCAUAAGCGAGAACGGCGGCGACCGCGUUUCUGGCGACGCCCAGGCGAUCGCGAAGGACAAGGCCCUGUCGACCUCCGAGAACAAGGCGGAAGGUGACGACGACAACGAGGCCGGCAACGACUACAUCGAUGCCAGCCACGGUGACAAUCUGAUCGCCGGCGACUCCCAGGCGAUCUCCUCGCACGGCAGUGCCACUGCGUAUGGCGAGAACACCGCCAAUGACGGCAGCGGCAACGAUGCCGGCAACGACACGAUCAAGUCCGGCAACGACAAGGACACCAUCUCCGGUGGUGCCAUGGCGGUUGCAGCUGCGGCGGCCUUCGCCAAACAGGUGAACGCCGCCGACAAGGGCGACGCGGGCAACGACUGGAUCGGGUCCGACGAGCAUCCUGACGACGAUGACGAGGUAGCCGGCGACGCCAUGGCCCGCUCCAAGGGCUGGGGUUACAACGACGCCGUUGCGGUCUCCGAAAACACCGCGGACGGCCGCACCGGUGAUGCCGGUAACGACACCAUCAAGGCCGGCGACGGCGACAACUAUGUCGCCGGUGAGGCCAUGGCGGUGAACACCGGCGAUGACGCCGAGGCCUAUGCCGACAACACGGCGACGGGUGGUGCCGAGGCCGGCAACGACGAUAUCUACGGCGGUUCCGACGAGGACGUGGUCUCCGGCGGCACGCAGGCGCGGGCCAAGGAUGUUGCGAAGGCGGAUACCGACAAUCUGGCCACGGGUCACGGCUCCUCCGCGGGCAACGACUACAUCGAUGUCGGCGGCGGCUGGUGGAACAAGGUUGCCGGCGACGCCCAGGCGAUCGCCAAGAACAUCGCCAAGGCCUUCGGCAACAACAAUGCCAAGUACGGCGACGACAACACGGCCGGUAACGACACCAUCUAUGCGGGCUGGGGCAGCGACACCAUCUCCGGCGGUUCGCAGGCGAUUGCAGGCAAUAACGCCUACGCCGAGCAGAACAACCAUGCCGGCGAGUCCGCGACCGACGACCGCAACAAGGCCGGCAACGACAAGAUCUAUGCCUACGAUGGCAAGAACGUCGUUGCGGGCGAUGCCCAGGCCAUCGGCAAGAACGACCAUUCUGUCGCCGAGGCAAAGGCGCACAACCACGCCCAGGGCGAGGACGAGGAGGCCGCCAACAACCAGGCCGGCGACGACAAGAUCGUGACCGGCAAGGAUGACGACAAGGUCUCCGGCGACGCCCAGGCCAUUGCCGACAAGUACGCGACGGCCACGUCUGAGAACAAGGCGCUGGGCGACGGCAACCUGGCGGGCAACGAUCACAUCGAUGCCGGUGGCGGCCACAACAAGGUUGCCGGCGAUGCCCAGGCGAUCUCUGGUUACAAGGCCUGGGCCUAUGGCACCAACACCGCCGGCUUCGACGAUGCUGAUCGUGACAAUUCUGCCGGCAACGACACCAUCACUGCGGGCAACGGCUCCGACACGGUUUCCGGUGGCGCCCAGGCGAUUGCCUACGGCGAUGCCUAUGCCAAGCAGACCAACCUGGCCGGCGCCGGCGGAGACAACGAAAGCGGCAACCGUGCCGGCAACGACAAGAUCACCGUCAAUGGCGGCCACAACAAGGUUGCCGGCGAUGCCCAGGCGAUUUCGUACUACGACGACGCCAAAGCCUACGGCAAGAACGAGGCGGCCGACGAUGGCAGUGCUGACGGCAACUAUGCCGGCAACGACACCAUCCAUGGCGGCCAUCAGAGCGAGACCAUCUCGGGCGGCGCCCAGGCGAUUGCCUACGACGAUGCUUAUGCCGAGCAGAUGAACGACGCCGGCACCGGCAAUCUGGAUGACGACAACCGCGCGGGCAACGACGAGAUCUAUGCCUACGACGGCGAUAACAAGGUCGCGGGCGAUGCCCAGGCCCUGGCCGGCGACGAGGCGACGGCGGUUUCGGCGAACCACGCGGACAGCAACGAUAACGAGCCCGACAACACGGCGGACAACCAGGCCGGCAACGACAAGAUCGUCACCGGUCAGCACAACGACAAGGUCUCGGGCGACGCCCAGGCCAUUGCCGACGACGAUGCGAAGGCGACCGCCACCAAUACUGCUCUGGGCGAAGGCAACCAGGCCGGCAACGAUCACAUCGAUGCCGGUAACGGCCUGAACAAGCUGGCGGGCGACGCCCAGGCCAUCGCCGGUGAUUAUGCCGAGGCGGAGAGCAAAAAUACCGCCAACGGUGCGGGCAACCUGGCCGGCAACGACACCAUCUUCGGUGGCGACGAUGCCGACAUCAUUGCCGGCGGCUCCCUCGCAAUGGGUGACACGGGUUCGGCGACGACCACCAACAUGGCGCUGAACGGCGGCGUGGCUGGUGACGACUCCAUCGAAGGCGGUGCCGGCAGCGAUACCAUCUCCGGCGAAUCCGGUUCCCUCGUGGUGACCGGCGGCACGGCGACGGCCAACAACAAUGCCUUUGCGGGCAGCGGGGCCGGCAACGACAUGAUCGAUGGCGGGGAAGGUCACAAUGUCGUGGCCGGCGAGGCCCUGGAGACGGCUGAUGACGGCGCCCGGGCGUACGCGAACAAUACCGCCAAUGGCGAUCACGCCGGUGCCGGCAACGACUGGAUCGGCACGGGUCACGGCUCCGACAAGAUCGCAGGUGACGCCCUGGUUACCGGGGCCAACGGCCUCGCCAAGGUCGUCAACCAGGCGGACGAUGGCAAUGCCACGGCCGGCAGCGACGACAUCGUGACCGGCGGUGGCAACGACAUGGCUGCCGGUGACGCCGCGGCCUUCGGUGCGGGCUCCAAGUCGGAGGCACACAACACCGGCGACUACGGCGGCGGCACGGCCGGCAACGACACCAUCAACGGCGUUGUUGGUGAGGAUUGGCUGAGCGGCGAUGCCGGGUCCUUCGGCAGCGACAGCGGCGAUGCCACGGCCAAGAACACGGCGAAGGUGAACGGCAGCAAUACGGCCAACUCUUCCGCGGGCAACGAUUACAUCGUCGCCAGUGGCGAGAACGGGAAAGACCGGAUCUCCGGCGAUGCCCUGGCCGCAGGCGUCGGCGCCACCGCGCUGGCGGUGAAUAUGGCCAUGGCCCUGGCGGGCACCAAGGACGCCUUUGCCGGCAACGACACCAUCAAGGCCGAUGAAGGCGAUGCCGGCGGCGCCGGCGACGGCGACGAUUACAUCGGCGGCGACGCCCUGGCGACCGCCAAGGAUGGGGUUGCCAUUGCCCAGAACACCGCAAAGGUGGAUGGUGACAGGUUGAGCGAUGCCUACGCGGGCAACGAUCACAUCUAUGGUGACGGCGACAACAACGUCAUUGGCGGCGAUGCGGCCAGCACCGCCGAGGACGGCGGGAACGCCACCGCGACGAACUUUGCCGAGGCCAAGGGCGAGCAUGGCAACGAAGCCUUGGCUGGCAACGAUUACAUCGAGACGCGGAGCCAUGAGCGCUAUGAUGGGCUCAGUGAUGAAAGAGACCUAAUCGCCGGCGAUGCCCUGACCCGUGGUGACGGUACGACGGCGCUGGCGGACAACGACGGUGAAGCCAGGGGUAGCGCGUUCGCCAAGGUCGGCAGCGACACCAUCCAUGCCGGCGACGACAGCGACGCGGUUUCCGGCGCUGCUCUGGCCACCGGCGACGAGGCUACGGCCUAUGCCGAUAACGACGGCAAGGGCCGCAACCAUGCCAAGGUGGAGGUCGACAACGACUACAUCACCGGCGGCAAGGAUCGCGGCAAGCUGGCGGGUGAGGCCCUGGUGACCGGCGAAGAUGCCCUGGCGAAGGCGGAAAACACCGGCAAGGGCAGGAACGACGCUACGGUGAAGGUCGGCAACGACACCAUCCACGGUGGUUCCGACUUUGACCAGAUCUCCGGUGGCGCCCUGGCGACCGGCGAUGGCAGCGAUGCCAAGACGGUCAACAAGGGCGUGGCGAGAGGCAGCUCCGAGGUCUACGUCGGCAACGACAAAAUCUAUGGUGGUCCGGAGUUGUACGAUAUCGGUGACAAGAUUGCCGGCGAUGCUUUGGCGACCGGUAAGGAUGGUGAGGCCACGGCCAAGAACACGGCCAAUGCUCACGACCACGCUACGGCCGAGGUCGGCAAUGACUGGAUCACUGGUCGCUUUGGCUCCGAUACGAUCUCCGGCGACGCCAUGACGGGUCACGACAGUGGCGACGCCACGGCGACCAACACAGCGACCGUGCACAGCGGCGCCUCCGGGGCGACGGCCGAGGCCGGCAACGACAAGAUCUACUCAGGCUCUUUCGACAGCAACGAGAAGAUCGCCGGUGACGCCUUGACCCUCAAUCACAAAGCGGUCGCGAAGGCGGAGAAUACUGCACGGGUGAACGACGGGAACGGCGAUGGGAACACCGCUUCUGCCGGUAAUGACAAGAUCGUCUCCGGUGGUAAAGGUGAGCACAGCAUUGCCGGUGACGCCUACGCUCAUGGAGAUGGCUUGGCGGACGAUGACAGCUUCUACAUGGCCGUCGUCGAGAACAGUGCCUUCGGGAAUGGCUCCUCCGCCGGUAACGAUGAUAUCUAUGUCGGCGGCUACUCCGAUGUGGCGGGCGAUGCCCUCACCACUGGUGAGUAUGGUCAUGCGCUGGUGCUGAAUCAGGCUCUGGUGGAUGACGAGGCCCUUGGAGGGCAGCGUCAGGCCGGUAACGACACCAUCAAGUCAUCUGAUUGGCGCUAUAAGUCUAUCGCCGGCGAUGCUUUGGCCACAGGCGAGAAUGGCAACGCUAGGGUCCAGAACACCGUUGCCACCGCCGCAGCCGGUGUGAUUGUCGGCAGCGAUUUCAUCGAAGCCGGCAACGGCUGGGAUUGGAUCUCCGGUGACGCCUUGGCCACCGACGGCGGCGAUGCCACGGUGCUCAACGAUCUGGUUGCGGAAAACACCGCGAAGGUGAGCGAAGACACCAUCCUUGGUGGCGGCGGCAACGACGUAAUCGCCGGUGAUGCUCUCGCCAUCGGCGGUGGCAAUGCUUCGGCGACGAACGGCGGCGAUGACUCGAUCGAGGGUGGGUCUGGCAACGACACGAUCUCCGGCGAUGUGCUGGCGCUUGGCGGCGGUACGGCGAUCCUGAUCGAUAACGCCGGCGACGACACCAUCGACGGCGGGUCAGGCCACGAUGUCAUUUACGGUGACUCCUCGGACGUCAACGAUACGAUCGGCGGAGAUGAUGUCAUCUAUGGUGGCAGCGGCAACGACCUCAUCUACGGCGGAGCCGGCGACGACUUUAUCGAUGGUGGUUCGGGUAAUGACACCAUCUACGGCGGGGCCGGCAAUGACACCAUCGACGGUGGGUUGGGUAACGACAUCAUCAACGGUGGCGCUGGAGCCGAUACCUUGACCAGUGGUAGCCUCACGGACACCGACACCUUUGUUUUCGAUGGAAGUGCUGGGUUCGGAGCUGAUGCAGAUACCAUCACAGACUUCGAUGAUGGUGUCGGCAAUGUAGAUAUUUUGGACUUGGCGGAUCUACUCAACGAGGGCGACUUUGGCGAUACGGGUAUCGCCGAUGCCAUCGCCCAAGGAUAUGUCACGCUUAACGAGGUGGCGGGUAACCUUGAGGUCUCCGUCGAUCUGGACGGGUCCGGGGGCGGUACCUUUAACUCGGAACUCGUCGUAACCCUGAACGGUGUGACCUUGGCCGAUCUCGACGAACUGACCCAGAUUGUCGUGGUCUUGGCGAUGGGAGAUGGAGCCAUGGAUGUACAGGAGCCGCGAUCCGGCGGCACAGCCGAUUCCGGAACUCCAGGCUGGAACGAGCGGGAGAACGCAGACAGUGUCGCCCCGCCGCUGAUCAUUCCGCCCGCGGAGCCGGUCUCCGCAAGGCCUGAGGUGGCGCUCAGCGCCGGGCCGCCGGCCGGUGAAGAGACUGCGGGCGGCCAGGGUGCCGUCAUCGUCCUCGGCCAGGCCGGCGCGGCCCAGGUGCUCACCGAGCCGGGCGCCGGCCAGGUGAUCUCGAUUCCGUCCCGUCCCGGCGACAGCUAUGUCGUUGAAUUCGACCCGACCGCCGCCCGCGUCAGCACCGAGGGCCGCGACCUGAUCCUGGAUUUCGGCCAGGACGGCGGCGGGCGCAUUGUCUUCAGCGACUUUGCCGACGCCAUCGGCCAGGGCGGAGGGCCGAGCUUUCAGAUCGGCGGCCAGACCCUGGCCGGUCAGUUGAUCUACGGGCAGGCGCUGGCGCUCAACGAUCCGGACCUUGAACUUGUGGUGGCCGCCGGGCCCGGCGCGCAAGGCUCCGGCGCUUCGGUCUAUGAUGACAACCUCGGAUCGAUCAUCGAACUGCUGCUGGGUCAGGACGUGAUUGGCGCCACGGCACCGGAGCUGGCUGCGCCGGCAAUUCCCGAGGUCGAGAUUGUCGAUGAGGAGACGCUGCUGCUGGCUGCUGCGGAGGUGGGGCCGGGCGUCGGGGUGCCGCCAACCCUGCUGAUCAACGAGGUCGGGGUCUCCGCCGCGCUGGACGUGCCGCCGUUUUCCGAAGAUGACGGCAGCACCGGCGGCCCCGCGCCGGUGGUCCUGGCCGACGUCGCCAUGCUCUACGACUUCGUGGAGCUGUUCAACAACACGGACGCCGACACCCAGACCUUCGACACCACGCUCGAGAUCCUGAACCCUGCAGGCGCGGUCGUGAUCCUGGAUCUGCCCGACGGCAUCGUUAUUCCUGUCGGCGGAUUCCUGGGACUUUACCAGGACGCCGCGGCGGGCGAGGGGGGCGAUGCCACCGUCGUCGGCCGCGUCUUCGAUGCUUCCGGGGCCGUGGUGGACGGCUUCGAGAUUGCCGAUGCCGCGCCCUGGUUGCUGGGGGACGACACCACGGCGCCCAUCGCAGUGAACCUGAUCUCAGGAGAUGGUGAUGCUCUCGACACCUUCGCGGCCAGACUCACCACCGCCGAACUCGGCGUGCUGACCGGCCCCGUCUGGACGCCCAACCCGCUGGUUCCGGAUAACCUGGAUCUUUCACUCGACACCUUCAACAGCCGCUUUACCGGCGACCAUCAGGUCUUCUCGAGGGUUUUCGACGAGCGCGACGAAGCUUCCGGGGCGCCCAUCGACAGUGACAGCGAAGCCGACUGGACGACCAAUACCAUUCCGACCGACGGGGCCCUGAACACGCUGUACGGUGGUGAUGGGGCCGACCGCGACCCCAAUCCUGCCGACCCUCUGCGGGACAAUCUUGACCCCGGCCAGGCCCACCCGGACCCCUUGGCGGGGCAGACGGUCCUGGCUGCCGCGGCGGCGGGGGAAUUGCUGGAAGGCGGCGCGGGCCCGGACUUUCUUUUCGGUGCAGCCGGCGACGACAGCCUCUAUGGCGGCACCCAGGAUCUCGCCGACCAACAGAGCGAUGCUGCCCUGGUCGGCGGUGUCUUCGAUGCGCAGGACCACAACGACUUUCUCAGCGGCGAUGCCGGGGCGGACCGCCUUUUCGGCGGCUCCGGCGGCGAUUACCUGGUCGGCGGCGCCGGGCAGGACUCACUCGAAGGCGGCACUGGCAACGACCGGCUGUUCGGCUACGUCGCGCCGGUCGGCGGCGUGGAUGACGACUUCGACCCGGGGCUGGGGCGCAGCACCGAGGCGGAUCUCAUUGCAGGCGAUGCGCUGGGGCUUCCCGACCCGGAUGGUGGAGCGUCCAUUUCGGCCACGCAGCGCAACGGCGGCGGGGACGACACCAUUGACGGCGGCCUUGGCGAUGAUCUGAUCGCGGGGGAGGCCCUCGCGGCAGGCAACGGUCUGGUGGGCGCGUCGGUGUUGAACAGCGAUGCCGAGGGCCCAUCCGGUCCCACCGGCAACGACGCCAUCGAAGGCUUUGACGGCUUUGACACCAUUGCCGGCGAGGCGCUGGCCGAUGCCGGAAGCGGCAACGCAGCGGCGAUCGUCGAGAACGCGGCCGACCAGGGCCGCGAGGUCGGCAAUGAUACGAUCCGCGGCCUGGGCGCCCGUGAUGUCAUUGCCGGAGAGGCUUUCUCGUCGGCCAGUGGUGACUCCAGCGCUCUGGACGUGGUGAACCGGGCGACCGAUGGCGCUGCGGGCAACGACAGCCUGGACGGCGACAGCGGUUACAACGUCAUUGCCGGUGAAGGCAUUCAGGGCGGCGGCCGCAUUCCCGCUGCGGUAACCACGAACGACGCGCUGGGGCCGACCGCGUCGGCCGGCAACGACACGAUCACCGCUACGGAGGGCAACGAUACGCUUGCAGGCGAACUAUUGUCCUUUAGAGGUCCCAGCUUCGACAGCACGGUGGAAAACCUGUCGGAAGACGGCGGAUCCGCCGGCAAUGACCUGAUCCGCGGUGGUGACGGCAACAACCAGAUCUCGGGCGAUUUCGCGGGACUGGACGCGACCCGCUUCGUCGGCAACCGCCUGGCGUACAACCAAGCCGACCAGGGAAGCUCCGGCGGCGACACCAUCGGCAGUGGGUCCGGAAGGGAUGUCAUUGCAGGCGACGCCCUGGGGGUCUCGCGUUUUGCAGUGGCGGAUGCAGUCAACGCAGCGCUCGGCGCCGAGGGGCGGGCCGGCGAUGAUCGCAUUUCGGACGGCGGCGGUGGAGACCGUACCUCCGGCGAUGCCCUUGCGAGCGGCCGGGAGGGAGCGGCGGCGACCGCAGCCAACACUGGCGAAGGGGGCGGCAGUGCCGGGGCGGAUACCGUCAGCGGCGGCGCCGGUGCCGACACGGUCGCCGGCGAUACCAUGGCGGUUACAGCCGGAGGGGCGGCGUUGGCGGAGGGUGAAAACAGCGCGCUUGGCGGCAUUGCGGGCGGCAACACGAUCCUCGCCGGAUCGGGCGCCGAUCUGGUGUCCGGCGGCGCCCUGGCGAUCAGCGGGUCCGAUGCCACGGCCACCGGCACCAAUCUCGCCGAGGGCGGCGGCUCGGCGGCCGGAAACGACAGCAUCCGUGGCCUGGACGGCUUCGACAGCAUCGCGGGCGACUCGCUUGCGCGCGGCGGCGCGACGGCCAGCGCUUCCGCAAGUGCCGAUGCGACCGACGGCGGCGCGGCCGGGGACGACACCAUCACUGGAGACGGUGCGGCCGACGUUCUGUCGGGCGAUGCCAUGGCCCUUGCGUCCGCCGGCACGCCCGAGGCCCGCGCGGAAAACACGGCCGCCGAGGGUUCGGCGGGCAGCGACGUGAUGUCCGGGCAGGGGGGCAACAACCUGAUUGCCGGCGAUGCCCUUGCCGAUGGGGGGGCGGGCGGUUCCGCAGAGGCCGAGAACACCGCCCAGGCCGAUGGCGUGGCGGGCAGUGACAAUCUGGUUUCCGGCGAUGGCCGCGACACCAUUGCCGGCGAUGCGCUGGCGCGGGGCGGCGGCGCAGCAAGGGUUACGAACACUUCGGUCGCGGUGGCCGCCCUGGCCGGCAGCGACGUCAUCAUCAGCGCACAGGGCCAGGACGUUAUCUCCGGCGAUGCGCUGGCGCUUGACGGGGGAACUGCGGAGGUGAUGAACGACGGCCCCGCGGCGGGCGAUGACAGUAUCAGCAGCGGUGGGUCGCGUGACAGCAUCGCCGGAGAUGCCUUGAGCGACGGCGGCACGGCAUCCGUCACCGGGGGUGGCGAUGACACCAUCGACGGCGGCGCGGGGGAUGACCUUAUCAGCGGCGAUGCCCUGGCCUUGGACGGCGGUGUGGCACAGGUGUCGGACGGGGGAGACGAUCUGAUCCGGGGUGGUGGAGGAGCCGACACGGUCUUUGGCGACUCCUCCGGUGACGACUCUCUCGGUGGUGACGAUACGAUCUAUGGCGAUGCGGGCGCCGACCUUCUCGCCGGCGACUCGGGCGAUGACCUGUUGCUUGGGGGCGAAGACGACGACACGCUCGGCGGUGGGUUCGGCGACGAUACGCUGACCGGCGGGGCCGGUGCCGACAGUUUUCUGUUCGGUCGUGUCGAAGACCCGGCGGGCGAGGGCAACGAUACCGUCACCGACUUUGCUGCUUCCGAAGACCGCCUGAUUUUUUCGGGUGUCACGGACCAGGACAGCGACACAGACAUCGAUCUUGACGACCUUCUGAACGCCAUUGCCUCGGUUGUCGACGCGGGUGCCGGAAACGAUGUGACGGUUUCGCUGACGAACGGAGCCUCGGUCACGUUCCUGGGUGUGGGCACAGGCUCCGUGACCUCGGUCGAGGAUCUGGUGAACGACCCGUCCACCCAGAUCAUCGUGGUGACCUGA